AUCAUACCUUCUUUUUAAACUGAUAUAUAAUACUAGAUGAAAACAUCAGGGACCUAUGCUCAAGUAAAAAAAAGAACUAUAAGGUGGGUCAAACAAAGGUAUAAGUUGAGCAAAGUGUUUACUUUUACCUGGUAGUUGAGUCCACACCAUAUCACUAUCUGGCCAAUGCAUAUUGGAGUUUUAGAAAAUUCACGAAUGCAGUGCAUGCUGUUAAAGUUCAAAGCCACUUAACUAGAGCCAUCAACGUUUUAGUCUCUGCACAUGCAACUAUUGAUCAUGUAUGUUCUUAUUCAUCAUUUGUGGAAACUUCAACGUGCCUAGAACGAUGCGGGCACCUGCCCAUUUGGCUCAUAUGAUAGUCAUAUGAUCCACGCUAGAACUUAUAGACCCAGUCUCUACCCCUUGACAGUGACUGGACACCGGUUGAAGCUAAGCUACGGGAGCUUGCUUUAAUUUCAAAUCAAAUGAAUGAUGUGACAUGGCUAGUCGCUUUCUGAGCGAAAAGUGCCUGCAGCUCCCGGUCUCCACUGCUCUUGGUAUUUGAAAAUUUUGAAAAGCACACUUUUCUUGCUAAAAAAAUUCCUAAAUCAAAUACGUGGAUACAUACACACAUUCCUAAGGCCUGGUAAAAAGCUGAAAAAGAAAUACUUUGUAUUUUGAGAAAUAUAAAAAAGAGAAAUUUCUGAUAUAAAUGGGAUCCAUUUUCUCCUAUAUACUGUCAGAAUUUUGUUUUUUUCUAUAGCUCAAAACAAAGCGAGAUAUCUACCAAAACUUGCCACGGGUAUUUGGAAUGUGUAUAUGUAUCCCUGGAAAAAUUUCAGAUUUUUUUGAAACUUCAAAAACACAAAUUUCAAAAUGUUAAAUAUAGGGAGCAGUGGAGCUCGGGUGCUGCAAUCCCUCUCUCCUUUCUGAGUUGAAUUAUAACACAUGGUAGGAAUCCCCUUUCUCGACAUCACAACGUUUUCGUCUUGCUACUGCUCUGACCGGGAUAAUUCAAAAGUUUAGUCGACGGAACUUGUCUAUAUUAUCUCAUUAACCUCCAAAUCCAGUUUUGUUUCUAUUUCACUUCUUUAUAAUGCAAGAGAGAAAGCCCUCCCAACCUCCCCUGCAUCAUACAGUAUAUGAUAAACAAAUCCUUAAGUUUAUUGCAAAGUUCUUUUUAGCCGAUUUAUUACAAAGUUUCCAAGCAAUACGAUGAGGCCAAAUGGUAAAGCUGUGAGUGUUGACAUAAAAAGAGAGUGAAGUGUUACCUUUUUCUUUGGCAAUUGUUAGGCGGCAAUUUGGUUCCAGGAUACACAUAUUUUCCAAAUUGUGGAAAAUUUAAAUAUCCAAAUAAUUCUUUUUUUUUCAUGCAUAUAUACACAGAUGCAAAUCUACAUAUGUACAAAACAUCAUCAAACAAUAUGUCUAUUUUUAAGCUACACAAAAAUGGUAAAUUUGCGCAUCCAUAGAAACAAAUAGUAAUUCAACUUUGGGUUCACAUAUUUGUCUUUUUUUUCCAAACCACAACUAAAAGGGUAUGAGUACUACAACUCUCUCCAACCUCGUUCUCUCCUUCUCCUUCUCCUUCCUCAGAUCUGCUUCGUUUGGUCCCUCCCCUCUCCCUCCGGCCUUGCCGACGACAAGCAGGGUGAGGGUCCCUUCUUCCCCGUAGUUGUGGGUAGUUUAUUUGCAUCCCUAGUGGCACUUUGACGCUAUGUCAUCUAGAUGGUGGAGGUGCUUGCUGAUGGAGAGUACUCUCUCCAUCUCAUCUUAAGUGUAGUGUCAAAAACGUCUUUAUAUUAUGGAACGGAGGGAGCAGCUUAUUUGCGUACUUGCUCGUAGUCGCUUUCGUACUUGGUGGCUACCUAGGAGCAGUUGGGUCCAAGCCCUUAAUAAUGAAUAAAGGUCCUUUGCCUUUUCUUCUUCCAAUAAUCCCCUUGUUUUUUCUUAAUCUUGUGGCCAACCAAAAAAAGACUACAAGGUCGGUCAACUUUGGUGACCUUGUAGUCGAUCCUUAAAAUAUGAAAAAUACCACGAGCCGGUAGAAUAAUGAACAUGGAGCAGGGCUCUCUGCGCAUAUAGGAGUACCUUUAUCAAGGGGUGUCUCGUGUAAGAUUUUGUGUGGCGCACCACUCACCAGUACCAGUACCGUACCACUGGCUGGCCAUGGCUCCACCUCCAUGUGUUGGUCUUCUGAUGCUGCUCCUACUCCUAGCCGUCGUCGUCGCAUUGGUAUGGCCGGCCAUCAUGUGCACCCGGCGAGGCUGCCCGUCCAUGCGCUGCGAUUCGUUCGUUCGAGGCACCGCUACCGCCUGCCGGAGAAGAUGCCAGGCCGGCAGUGGGCGCCGGCUACUUCGGUCUGUCAAACUUGCUGAAGUCCAAGUCACCGCUUGACUUUGCCUGCCUAGUCUGAAAUUUCUGAAAAGGACAUAGGCCGACUAUUCAUCAACUGAACGAUCGCCUUCUACGUCUAGCUGAGAAAAAUAGGUGUGAUUUGUGGCUACAUGCCUACAAGACUCGCCUAGAAGACUGACUUCAUCGUUUUUUUAACUUCGAUUGAAUUUGUCGUUGCCUAGAAGACUCGCCUACAAGACUGACUUUAUCGUUGCUGUGCCCAUCCUGUUCUAGCACCGAGAGAUCCAAUAUGCACCACUUCCUCCUCCUCUUUCUCAUUUUCUUGCUUCCCCAUGAAACCAGCUACUACGCGGCCGCAGCUUCCGGCGGUGGCGACUUGUGCAGCCGCCGGUGCGGCGGUACCACCGUCCCAUACCCUUUCGGAUUCUCCCCCGGCUGCCCCAUCGCCCUGUCGUGCGACGCCAGCACCUCCACGCCCAUCCUCCCAUACAUAGACAUAGGAGAUAACGGCACCAUGCACCGUGUCAUCGCCUUCAACUCCACCAGCUCCACGAUGGUCGUCGACCUCCCUCCAUCGUGCAGCCGCAGCGUCCCCGAGGCCAGGAGGGAACUCUCCGGGGGCAACUACGGCGUGUCAUCUCGCACCGGUCUUUUCCUCCGCGGCGGCUGCAGCGGGAUCAACGCUUCGGCGGGCGCUGGAUGCAGCGUGCCGGUGGACGUCAUGUCCAGGCUGCUCCGCACGGCGCACUGCGCCGCUAACAGCAACGGCACCUCGGCCAGUACCGUGGUUUGCGAUGCUUCCGCCGCAGGGAAUGCCACUGCAUACCAGUUUCUGCGGUGGGAGAAGUUGGAGAAGCAAAAGUGCGACGACGUGCUAACCUCCACGGUGUUCGUGCUCACGGCGGAGUGGGCGCCUACGCUGGAGUUCGGCGUGGCCGAGCUCGGCUGGUGGCUCAACGGGACGUGUGGCACCGGCGGGGGCGAGCGUUGCACGGCGAACGUGACGUGCACCGACGUAGAAACGCCUAGCGGGGAGUUGGGGCACCGGUGCGGGUGCGUGGCGGGGAUGGAGGGCGACGGCUCCUCGGCCGGCGACGGAUGCUACCUCGGUGCAUCCCUGCGUGGUGUCCCAAGCUCGAAGCGCCGAAGACUACCCCUGCUCGUCAGCCUGUGUGGUGGGUUCCUGCUUUCUCUUGGCAUUUUUUCCCUCUUCCUCGUACACUGGCGGAGAAGGCGUAAUACCAUGAACAAGACAACCAAACAGAUGCCGAAAAAGGCAAUGACACACUUCCAUGAUGAACUUGUGGAGGCCGAGCUGGAGCAAGGAGCCAGUGGCCCCCGACCAUUUUCCUAUCAGGAGCUCACUGUCGCCACCGACAACUUCUCCGAAGAUAGAGCGCUCGGGAGAGGAGGCUUUGGGUCCGUGUACCGAGGGUUUAUGGGCGACAUGAAUCGCGAAGUGGCUGUCAAGAGGGUGUCUGAGACCUCUCGACAGGGCUGGAAGGAGUUCAUCUCGGAGGUACGAAUCAUUAGUCGGCUUAGGCACCGGAACCUUGUGCAGCUCAUUGGCUGGUGCCAUGGUGGCGAAGAGCUCCUCCUCGUCUAUGACCUGAUGCACAAUGGCAGCCUCGACACUCAUCUCUACAGACCGGACUGCGUGCUGACAUGGCCGGUUAGUAUUUUUAGGUAUGAAAUAAUGCUUGGCCUAGGUUUGGCGCUUCUGUACCUGCACCAAGAUACGGAGCAGCGCGUGGUGCACAGGGAUAUCAAGCCAAGCAACAUCAUGUUGGACGCGUCCUUCACUGCUAAGCUAGGUGAUUUCGGCCUUGCAAGGCUCAUCAACGACGGCCGGAGAUCGCACACGACCGGCAUAGCUGGCACAAUGGGGUACAUAGAUCCGGAGAGCGUGUUGGCCGGUAGGGCGAGCGUCGAGUCAGACGUGUAUAGCUUCGGGGUUGUUCUCCUGGAGGUCGCUUGUGGGCGGCGGCCAACUUUGGUCCAAGAAGACGGAGAUGUCGUCCACAUUGUCCAAUGGGUGUGGGACUUGUACGGCAGAGGAUCAGUCCUCGACACCGCUGAUGAGUGGCUUAGGGGGGAGUUCGAUGAAGGGCAGAUGGAGCGUGUGAUGGUCUUGGGACUCUGGUGUGCGCACCCUGACCGUGGCAUGCGGCCAUCCAUCAGGCAAGCGGUGAGCGUGCUGCGGUCUGAAGCGCCACUGCCGAGCCUACCGGCGAGGAUGCCGGUGGCGACGUAUGGGCCACCGACUAAUCAUUCGAGUUCCGGAACUUUGGUGCUGAGCAGAGUCAGUGGCCGGUGAUGACGGUCCCAUCGGAACACUAGUUAAAUUCUCCAGUUAUUGCUGGGUCUCAGUUCCUUAUGUCGGUUAUAAAUCAUGCACUAGCAGGAAGAGACAAAUAUACAGAAACAAAAUGUUGCCUCCAUUGAGCAUCUAUGAAACAAACACCAUGUAUAUUGCCGGAUCAUCUUUAUUUGCAAGGAAACUCUUUCUCUUC